GCAAAACAACAGGGAAGAUGUACUUAAGUUGCAGCUACUAACUUCUGAUUAUCGAUCUGAUCGCUGAUAACAGAAAAACGACAACACCAUACAGCUGAUGGAAAUCGUGUGCGACUUUUCAGACUGUUUUUUUUAGUGCAUAUACAGGAAAAUGAGCUCUGUAGGAAAGUUUCAGUUUGCCAUCGACAGGGGAGGGACAUUCACAGAUGUGUGGGCUCGCUGUCCAGGGGGAGAGAUUAGAGUGCUAAAACUGUUAUCAGAGGACCCCCAAAAUUAUCCUGAUGCCCCUCGGGAAGGAAUACGCAGAAUCCUGGAACAGGAAACUGGGAAAAGUUUCCCUCCUGAGAAACCACUGGAUGCUUCGCUCAUUGAUUGGAUACGAAUGGGGACCACCGUGGCCACAAAUGCACUCCUGGAAAGGAAAGGGGAGAGAAUGGCUCUUGUCAUAACCAAGGGUUUCCGGGAUCUGUUGCACAUAGGAAACCAGUCACGUCCAAAUAUAUUUGACCUUGAAAUAGUGACAGCUGAUGUUCUGUAUGAAGAAAUCAUUGAAGUGGAAGAGAGACUUGUACUGAAACAGAAGAAAUGUGAGAUCAACAAGUCAUGUGACAUUGUCACAGGUGUGACGGGUGAACAGCUGGAAGUCUGGCAGCCCGUGAACUUGGACAAGUUAAGAGAUGAUUUUCAGCGUAUCAAAAACAAGGGAAUUAACUCUGUGGCUGUGGUGUUGAUGCAUUCAUACACGUACAGUGGCCACGAGAAAGUGGUUGAAAAGCUAGCGCGUGAGAUGGGCCUGAGCCAUGUCUCUCUCUCCUCAGGGGUCAUGCCCAUGGUGCGUAUUGUUCCCAGGGGGUUCACAGCCUGUGCCGAUGCCUUCCUCACACCUUGUAUACAGAAAUAUGUACAGGGCUUUGCUAGAGGAUUCCAAAAUGGUCUGAAGGGCACCAGGACAUUAUUCAUGCAGUCUGACGGAGGGUUAACUCCCAUGGAGAGGUUCAACGGAUCGCGUGCAAUUUUAUCUGGACCAGCAGGUGGCGUUGUGGGAUAUGCCUUAACGACAUAUCAGAAAGUGUCCGAUCUACCUGUGAUAGGCUUUGAUAUGGGUGGAACAUCCACAGAUGUGAGUCGAUAUGCAGGCGAAUUUGAACAUGUAUUUGAAACCACAACAGCUGGUGUCACCAUCCAAGCGCCUCAGCUGGACAUCAACACGGUAGCGGCUGGGGGAGGUUCCAUGCUGUUUUUCCGGGCAGGGAUGUUUGUAGUGGGCCCAGAGUCUGCUGGGGCUCAUCCAGGACCAGUCUGCUAUCAGAAAGGAGGCCCUCUCACGGUGACAGAUGCAAAUUUAUGCCUUGGCAGAAUCCUCCCACAGUAUUUCCCGCACAUUUUUGGACCAACGGAGGACCAACCAUUGGAUAAGCCUUUGACUGUGAACACAAUGAAAAAACUGGCUGAUGAGGUCAAUGAGUUUAUAAUCAGCCAAUCAGAGGUGUCUAGGAAACAGCCAAUGACUGUUGAGGAGGUUGCUAUGGGAUUCAUUCAGGUUGCUAACGAGACAAUGUGUCGACCAAUAAGAGCAUUGACUCAGGCCCAAGGUCACGACACGUCACGUCACAUCUUGUCCUGUUUUGGAGGUGCUGGAGGUCAACAUGCAUGUGCUAUAGCCAGGUCACUGGGCAUGACUCAAGUCUUCAUCCACAAGUAUGCUGGUAUUUUGUCAGCCUAUGGGAUGGCGCAGGCUGAUGUUGUGCACGAAUGUCAGGAACCUUGUGCUAAAGUCUACCAGACAGAAAAUUUAAAUUUCAUUGAUGAGAGGAUAGACCAUCUGAGACAGAGCUGUGUCGAGGAGCUGUUAAAACAGGGCUUCAAGAGAGAUCAGAUUGAGACUACGUCAUUUCUUCAUCUGAGAUACAACAAAACAGACUGUGCCUUAAUGGUGACCGCUGGGGAUUGUCAACAGGGUGGCGCCAGUAGUCGCUAUGGCAACUUUCGGGAAGCUUUCACGCAAAGAUACAAACGAGAAUUUGGUUUCACCAUUCCUGAUCGACCAAUCAUAAUUGAUGACAUCAGAGUUCGAGGUCUUGGGAAAUCUAAUGUGGAGUCGAAAGUUGAAGCCGACAUUGCUGAUGGACCACCACCUGUGCAAACGGUAGUAUCCUGUUACUUUGAGUCGGGCUACCUGGAUACCCAGGUCUAUCUCCUUGACAACCUGAAAGCUGAUCACUCCAUUGUAGGACCGGCUAUUAUCAUUGAUAAAAACAGCACAAUAUUAGUGGAGCCAGAUUGUGUGGCAACUGUAACAAGGCAGAAGGACAUCCUCAUAAAUAUCGAGUCUUGUGAAGUGAAAGCUAUAGGCACAGAACUUGAUGCCAUUCAGCUGUCAAUCUUCUCGCAUAGGUUUAUGAGCACUGCUGAGCAGAUGGGCAGAGUUUUACAAAGGACCUCUAUAUCUACAAAUAUAAAGGAGCGCCUGGACUUUUCGUGUGCUGUAUUUGGACCAGAUGGUGGUCUGGUUGCUAAUGCUCCCCACAUUCCUGUACAUCUCGGGGCCAUGCAGGAAACAGUGCAGUAUCAGAUGAAGGUUUUGGGGAGGUCAUUUCGUGAAGUUAUUCUUAGCAACCACCCUCAGGCAGGGGGUAGCCAUCUUCCUGACCUUACCGUCAUUACACCAGUCUUUCAUGAAAGCUGUGACUCAGCAGUAUUUUAUGUGGCCAGUAGGGGGCAUCAUGCUGAUAUAGGGGGGAUAACUCCUGGCUCAAUGCCUGCACACUCCAAAACAAUUUAUGAAGAAGGAGCUGUGUUCAAGUCCUUCAAACUGGUCAUUGAUGGCAUUUUCCAGGAAGAAGCUGUGACUGAGGCUUUCAUGGAGCCGGGCAAGUACCCCGGGAGCAGUGGCACCAGAAACCUUCACGAUAACCUAAGUGACCUGAGGGCACAGGUGGCAGCCAAUCAGAAGGGAGUGAGUCUUAUCUUAGGCCUGAUUGCGGAGUAUGGACUAGAGGUUGUACAGGCCUAUAUGACCCACAUACAGAAUAAUGCUGAGGUGGCUGUGAGAGAAAUGCUGAAAGAAAUAGCGAAGAAUACAAGGGAGAGAACUGGAGAGACGAGUCUGUACGCAGAAGACUUUAUGGAUGAUGGAUCCAAAAUUGCACUGCGUGUGGACAUCGAUGAAAACAAAGGAACUGCUGUGAUAGAUUUCACUGGCACAAGUUAUGAAGUGUAUGGGAAUCUCAAUGCUCCAAGGGCAGUAACUCUGUCAGCCUUGAUCUACUGCCUGAGGUGCAUGGUGGGACAUGACGUUCCCCUGAAUCAGGGUUGUCUCAAACCCGUGAAGGUCAUCAUCCCAGAGGGUUCUCUUUUGAAUCCAUCUGAGAACGCUGCGGUAGUGGGAGGAAAUAUUCUCACCUCACAGCGAGUAACAGAUGUCAUCUUUAAGGCCUUUUCUACCUGUGCUGCUUCCCAGGGUUGUAUGAACAACACAACUUUCGGAGAUGAGGACGGAGGGUACUAUGAGACAGUGGCAGGCGGAGCUGGUGCGGGUCCCAGCUGGCACGGCCGGAGUGGUGUUCACACCAACAUGACAAACACAAGAAUUACUGAUCCAGAAAUCCUAGAGAGAAGAUACCCAGUUGUACUGAAACGCUUUGAACUGAACCCUGGGACAGGGGGUAAAGGUCGUUACCAUGGAGGUGAUGGUGUUGUCAGGGAGAUGCUGUUCCGGAAACCACUGACUCUUUCUAUCCUCUCAGAAAGAAGAGUGUUCCAGCCAUAUGGCAUGCAUGGGGGUGCUCCAGGACGUUCAGGCUUAAAUCUGGUGUGCCACAAGGACGGAAGGAUCAUCAAUGUGGGUGCUAAGGCCUCAAUUCCCGUCAACACUGGGGAUUGCUUCCAUCUAGAAUCUCCUGGUGGCGGAGGAUGGGGAGAAUUCAAGGAAGAAAACACUGAUGGAGAGAGCUCUUCUGAAAAGAAGUCAGAAAAGACUGUAACUACAUAUGCUCAAAAAGGCAGCCUGUACACCUACAAACUCGCUCAAGAAUCUGCUUAAUAUUUAUCAAUGGAGGAAAAUAAUAAAUGAAUUGAUAAUGCUGACAACUGAAUGUAUUUAGUAAAGGGAGUUAUGAUAUUGGCUGAGGGGAACUAAAAACUGAAAAAUAAUUAAUGGGAAAAAAGUUACAGCGAUUCGUGACAAAACACUGAGUGUGUUUCAGUGGUUUUGACAGGAGUUUCGUCACUUAACUCAUGGACAUCAUAUUCAGGAACAUUAAAGAAUUUGGUGCUGGCUUGGGAAAGGCAUAGAGGUAGAUUCUAAUUACUCAGACUGAAAUUGUUUCUGUACAUUGGUAUAAAUGACAUUGGUUGACAGUGGUAAUGAGGAUACUUGGCAGCAUGAUCGCGCUGACUUGUUUUCCAGCUCAUGAUUUUGUCCAGUUUAUAAUUUUUUUCCUAUCCAUGUUUUUGUUCCUUUAUGAUUUUAUCCAGUUCGUAAUUUUUUUUCCUUUCCACGAUUUUGUCCGGUCAAUGAUUUUGUCCUGUUUCAUUUUCUCUGUUCAUAAUUUUGUCCAGUUUAUGAUUUUGACACGUUUGUGAUGUUUUUGCUGUCCAUGAUUGUUGUUGAUUUGGUAGCAGAUUAAAUUCAUAUUUUACUGGAAAAAUAUUAAAAUUUUAGGUGUAUGGUGGUAUUACGAAUCUUGCUUUUUGUAUUGCAUUCAGCAAGGUAUUUAUAGGUGCUAAUGUCGUUUUGUAGAUUUAUUUUUGUUAUGUGACUUUUUUUUACAGAUUCACUGACCUUUCAAAAGGUUAUUCAGACGUAGAACUCACAUAUCAGUACAGUUUUAAAAUAAUCAUGUGAAGUAUGCUUAUUAAGGCUAUGUGUCAGUUAUUAAUGAUAUAUUAAGUGGUAAUGGUUUGAUGUUGAAUGUUUUUCACCAGUUGAAAGCUAGAAAAGUUAUGUCAACAGUAUAAAGAGUGAAUGAUAACCAAAAUCAUGUGAUAUUAUUUUAUUAAUAAUUUUGGAAACAAAUUAUUUUGCUAUACAAACGGCGAGAAGAUACAUUGCUGUUUGUGGAUAAUAGCUGAAGGCCUCUUAAGAUUGUGUGGAAACAAAAGUGUUCCUUCAGUUGACACUUCAGCCCACCAGCAACGUUUUCGAACGCCUUACACUGUCGUGGUGAACAAGUCAAUGAUUCUUUCAUUAAUCGCCGUAAUGCAUGUCGCCUGAUAUGGCUUCAAGAUCCAAACAAUUUUGUUAUAUCACCAUAAAAAGUUGAAAGAAAUUUAACUGGCAAAGUUUGGUGGAAAUUAGCCCAGUAUGAGUACUUUAGCACCGAAUUUGUUCAGGCUUUCGCAGAGUUAUCUUGUCUCAUCAAAUCCAAAUAAAAUUGUGGUUGCUCUGUUUCUUCAACUUUCCGCUCUCUCAACGACUGUUCUCGCUAUCCCCAUUGGGCACCCUUUAUUUCAUCUCAGGCAAUAUUUCUUCAUUUCUUUACUUCAGCGUUGCCUUCUAGAGAACAAUUUUGUCUUUGACUCCGAAGAAAAUUUGAGAUUCGCCAUUAUUUUAGCGCUGUCUGACAGCAUAUCAUUCAUAAUACAUUAUGUUAUGCAGUUGUUUGUUCUUAUGGCAUAUUCAUCAUUUCUGCUAGAAACCAGUGUUGAUCUCUUACCUCCCAUAAAUGAAUUUAGAUUAAAACUUACAACUGGAUUUUGGAAUUUAUUGGUUUUUCUUACCAAAAUUUUACAAACUGUUUUGUUUAGCUGAUGGUAUUUACAAACGAGGUGUUGAUGUGGUUCUAAGGAAUACUGAUUGCACAGCUGUGCUGUUAUUGAUGUGAAAUAUUUGAAUUUCAAUUAAAAUUCUAUGAUGCUUCGCAGUAUGGAAUCAGGCUUGAAUUUGACAAUAACAGUUGUUUGUCCUGUUCAAUAUAUUGUGUAUCAAUUAA